AUGCCGCCGUCAAGACAAUUGUUCAAGCCCGCCCGAGGCGCUUGGGGAGGACCAUGGCAGUUGAGUCCGUUGCCAGGCGGGACGUUUGGAACGAUUGUGCAGCAAGGUCUAAUGUCCUUCGGGCCUCGGGGUUCGAUCGCGUCACAGACCGGUGCAGAAGGUCUGUUGGUGCCGGGUAGCCAAGGCGUAUUGCCUUCUCCGUCCGUCGCUGCUUUAGGCACGUCUCGGACGAACUUGCUGGGCGGUGGGCAGACCACACCGGCUCCACUAAACACCGGUCUCGGGGUUGCUGUACCGGGAGCGGGGGUCGUGGCCGGCGGUGCUGUGACUGGCGGUGCUGGGACUGGCGGCCUCCAGAUAUACGGUCGCGUGCCGGCAGGGAAGAAGAAGGAGGCCAAGUCGGUAGAGCAGUUACUGGACGAGCAUCAAGUGCUGGGUAAGGACGCCCCGAUGAGUCUGGGUAAGACCUGUCAGCCGGUAAAUACGGAGAUUUACUGUUACAGUCUGCGGGAUGUGGCUUCGAAGGAGCCAUUCCUGGCAUCUCCGGAGGCGUUGUUGUUGGCGGUGGGUGGUUCGUUCGGAUUGUCUCGAUCUUUGCGGGAUGAGCUGCGGAGUAGUGGAGGGCGAUUGCCUAUCUUCACGGACGUGCGGUUGCCAUGCACGACCGACAAUUUGUUUGGUUUUGAAAUUGGGGCCGAACUUGCCGCUUUGACCAAGACCAGGCUUCGAACCCGGGACCUCACGGUUAAGGAACCAGACGGUAUGGAACAGGACCAGGACCCGGCAGAGGGCUUGGUGGGAAGCGAGGGCGAGGACACGCCCGGCUUCGGCCUGCACAGUGGCAGCACGAGCGACGCCGAAAGUGUCGGGCCCUUGUCGCUGCUGAACACAGUGAAUACAAGUCGCACCCACACACCAAGCACAGGCCGCACUAAAGACCUUUUAUACCUCAUGCAUGAACGUAUCGGCGUCUGGAGACGUAAGGUCGACCUCUGGAUCAAAGCUUCCGAACAAGAACCGCCCUUUCACAUACCCACCUAUGUCGACAAGAUUAAAGAAGCCGUCGCACACGCCUCGCAACGCCGCCUUCUUCUGCAGGCCGCCGACCAACCUGGUCAAGACAGCACCGACCUGGACGGCACCGUUGACGGCAGUGACCUGAUCACCAUUGACGCGGUCAACACCGACGUCGGUGAAAAGGCAGCGACUGGGAGCGCGGCCGCGGUCGAGAAUUUGGUCCCGAAGAACGCUGCACCGGAGAACAGCCGAGUCGAGGACGUGGAGACCAGCAGGGUGGUUGAGACGAAAGUAAAGUUCGCAGACAUCUGCACAAAUGCGCCACGACAUGACGUGUGCAGACUGUUCCUGACCACCCUGCUCUUGGUGAACAAAUACAACCUGCAAAUCGAAUCCGACCCCCUGGCCGGGGACUUCGUCGUGGACGCAUCGAACGUUAAUCCAGAAGAACUGGGCGUAGAGUAA